CAUGGAAGGCUUUUCCACAUCCUCCCCUUCCUUCACUCAUAUAUUCGCGUGGGCUCUCACCCUGCUCCCCACUCCAAACAUAGUUUUAUACCCAAUAAGUCCCAUUCCGCUGCUCUUCUCCUUCCCUCUGCUCUCCGUGUAAUCCAAAAACCAUUGCAAAAAAUGAGCCGACAUCCAACUACAAAGUGGGCCCAAAGAUCAGACAAGGUGUAUAUCACCAUUGAACUACCAGAUGCAAAGGAUGUGAAGCUGAACUUGCAACCAGGUGGACACUUUUAUUUCUCUGCAGCAAGUGGAGCAGAUAAUGUACCAUAUGAGAUUGACUUUGAAUUAUUUGACAAGGUUAAUGUGGAGGAGAGUAAAGCUUCUGUUGGAUUGAGGACCAUAUGCUACCUUGUGAAGAAAGCUGAGAAGAAAUGGUGGAGCAGGCUACUGAAGAAGGAAGGGAAGCCUCCAGUGUUUUUGAAGGUUGAUUGGGACAAAUGGAUUGAUGAAGAUGAUGAUAAGGAAAAUAAAUUCGGAGAUAUGGACUUUGGUGAUAUGGACUUCUCGAAUUUGGACAUGGGCGGUGCCGAUGAUGAACUUGAUGAUGAUGCUGCUGACGCCUUUGACAAGGAGGGAGAUGAUGAAAUGGAAGAGACCAAGGCAGAAGAAAGCCAAGGGGAGGAAAGCAAGGUGGAGGGCGCCCAAGCUGCGGCUGCUAGUGAAUCCGAGGCAAAAGCAUGAGGCCUUCCAGCAGCUUGAGAAUGCCUUUUAAAGGCCUGUGGGAAACUUUGACAUAUGUUAACAUAGUGUUCUUGUUGAGUCAGGUCUAUGUGGGAGGCCGAACCCUCCCAUUAGAGAUACCAGAUUUCCUGUUUCUUUUUUUCUUUCUUUUGUGAUCUUAGCAAUGGUUCCGUAUGGAGCAAUAUCAGACUUAACAAAGUUUUCGUAUACGGACACACUCUUCUUAGUUUUUUAUGUCAUGUUUUGGUAUAUGUUUUUAUGGAGUGUAAUUUGUUUUUGAUCA